UAUCUUGUGAGUUUUGGACACUUGAUAAUGACUGCUGCAGGGAUCAUGUCAGUUUUUGGGAGAACUCCGCUUUGAAAAGUACACAGGUCCGAUCCCGGCCGAGCGAGAGGGCGAGCUGGCCAUGGGGGGGGGUCGCAGCGAGACCUCGGCACUGAGCGGGGCGGGAGGGGGGCGGGGCAUCACCACAACCCAGAAUUCCCAACGGCCCAACGCCUGCUGUUUCUGCUGGUGCUGCUGUUGCAGCUGCUCAUGGAAUGAAGAGGAGAGGAGGAAGAGGAGGAGGAAGAGGAUAUCACAAGACACCAAGAUGGAAACCAUACCAAACUGUGAAGCUUGCACCAAACCCUCAGCGGAGGAGAUCCGGCUCUGGUCUCAGUCCUUCGACAAGCUGAUGAAGAGUCCGGCGGGUCGGAACUGUUUCCGGGAGUUUCUGCGUACGGAGUACAGCGAGGAGAACAUGUUGUUCUGGCUCGCCUGCGAAGACCUCAAACAGGAAAUGAACAAGGGCGCCGUGGAGGAGAAGGCGCGCUCCAUCUACGAGGAUUACAUCUCCAUACUGUCGCCAAAAGAGGUGAGUCUGGACUCGCGGGUUCGGGAGGUGAUCAACAGGAAGAUGCAGGAUCCGGCUCCUCACACCUUCGAAGACGCUCAGCUGCAGAUCUACACGCUGAUGCACAGGGACUCCUACCCUCGCUUCCUCUCCUCCAACAUCUACAAGUCCCUCGUUCACGGAGGCUCACGCACCUCCUCGGAAUCCUAGUCACACA